ACUGUCAGACGGUGACGUCACCUCACUGUUAGACGGACAGCUGAAAGGCAGAGGCUGAUUUUUUGACGCUUUGUUUUGAUCGCGUUUGUCUGGGUUUUUUUUGGAGGAUUCGACGGAAUUCGCCGCUGAUUCAGGAGCUUAGCCGUCGCGCCUCAGUGCGGGGAUCCAGCAAAGAUGAAAUGGAUGUUUAAGGAGGACCAUUCUCUCGAGCACCGAUGUGUGGAGUCAGCCAAAAUACGCAACAAAUACCCYGACAGAGUACCGAGAUUGAUCACAACUGGACGCAACCCAAUUCAAGACAACAGAAAACUGGAAAUAAUUCAGCCAAAUUUACAGGUGAUCGUGGAGAAGGUCUCCGGCUCUCAGAUUGUGGACAUCGAUAAGAGGAAGUACCUGGUGCCCUCUGACAUCACGGUGGCUCAGUUCAUGUGGAUCAUCAGAAAACGGAUCCAGCUGCCUUCAGAGAAAGCCAUCUUCCUCUUCGUCGACAAAACCGUCCCUCAAUCCAGUCUGACGAUGGGCCAGCUGUACGACAAGGAAAAGGAUGAGGACGGCUUUCUGUACGUGGCCUACAGCGGAGAAAACACCUUCGGAUUCAAGGCCUUUUAUUCAGCACAGGGUUAAAACUUCAGAGUCUUCCCCCGUCACACACAGAUCCGUCCGGGCCCGACACAAACUGGUGCACAGCUCUUUGAACACCGGCCUUUCCAUCGUCCUAAUGCUUCUACACCUUUCAGUUUUUGAUACUGAAAAAAAAAACCCUAUGUUUAUUGUUAUAAAAUAACAGAAACAAAACCCUUUUUUUUCUGUCAGGCUCAGAUGAUUAUUAGGGACGAAAGUUGCUUGACCUUAACGGUAGUCUUUUUGUCAUCGCUGCUGAUCCAAUAUGGAGAGAAAAUCUUAAAACACUGCCGUCAAAUCUGAUUAACAGUCACAACACGGUACGGGCAUGUCAGGCACGAUCUCCAACAUCUUUAGACAGGAAAGAGGGAAAAAUACACACCAGUUCAGGCAGUAUGCAUCCUGUGUUCUCUUUGGCAUUUAUCUUUAUGUUCAGCCAAAGUUUGUUUUUGUUUGUUUAAAGCAUUAAAUCUUCAGUAAUAAGAAGUGUUAUCAUGUGGGGAAAGGAGAACUGAAGGUUUCCGUACGCUGUUGAACGCAGCUCAGGGUUAAGAACCGGACUGACUUCAUGUACUUUACGUGUUUUUGGAAAUUUACAUGUUAGCCAGAAUCAGACUCGCAGAAAAAAACACAAGCGUUAAAACUUUUACUUGAAUUGUGUUGAACUGUGAUAUUUACGUGCUGUGAUCACAAACAAAUGACGACCAUUUUCCUAAACGUACGAGCUAACGGUUACUUUUUAUGGUACGUCAUGAAUCCUCCAUGUUGUGCAAUCAUCAAAUAUUUAAUUCAGUCAUUAAAAGCUUUAAAAUUGUUURUAUUUCUGCUUCAAAUUAUGCAAAGAGUGGAAGAGGUUAAUCAUUAAUCACWUUUUUUGUUGCACUAUUAGUAAUCAGUGUUUUAACUUCACAGUAUUUAAUGAUACCAACGUCUAAAAUCAAAUAUUUUAUUUCAGUUUUUAGAGUUCAUUUGGAUGUUUUGUUUAGGCAUGCUGUAGUCUGUCCUAACGGUGUGUUUAUUACAUGUAAACAUUUUCAGUUGUGUUUGAUUUGUAUAAAACAAGCUGUAUGAAUAAAGUUUUAUCAUGUCAAACCGA